AAAUCUCUAUGUGCUUGGCCUCACCAAAACCAUGGCCUCCAAUGACUACAAGCCACCCCAUUCUCUCUCCAAUUUUCUCACCAUCCAAUCACCAAACUUACCCUAUCAAAACUCGGCCUUUUCUCUCAAGACUCCAACCUUAUCCCUCUAUUUCCAUGGCAAAUUCCCUUCUAUGUAACAUCCCAUUUAGCUUUUUACAUAUCGUUAACAAGAAUAUGCUCUUUGAUGUGAACUGAAUUAGUUUUUAGUAUAUUUCUUUAUCUCAAAGUUUCUUGAGUUAUGGAAGAACAAGCUGAGAAGAAACAAAACUGUUGCAGCAAUGGGGCAAGAAAUGCUCUCUUUGGAAAGUAUGAGAUGGGGCGAUUAUUAGGCCAAGGCACCUUCGCCAAGGUCUAUUUUGGGAGGAACCUCGCCACUCAAGAGUGUGUUGCAGUGAAAGUUAUUCUGAAAGAUCAGGUUAAGAAAGAAGGUUUAAUGGAGCAAAUCACGAGGGAAAUUUCAAUUAUGCGUUUGGUGAGACACCCCAACAUUGUUGAACUCAAAGAAGUGAUGGCAACGAAGGCUAAGAUCUUCUUUAUAAUGGAAUAUGUCAAGGGUGGAGAAUUAUUCACAAAAGUAGCAAAGGGAAAGCUGAAGGAGGACUUGGCGAGAAAGUAUUUUCAGCAGCUGAUUAGCGCGGUUGAUUUUUGCCAUAGUCGCGGCGUUUAUCACCGUGAUUUGAAGCCGGAAAAUCUUCUCCUGGAUGGAAACGAGGACUUGAAAGUCUCCGAUUUCGGUCUCUCCGCUUUGCCGGAACAGAUUUGGAAUGAUGGAUUGUUGCAUACAAGAUGUGGAACUCCUUCAUAUGUUGCACCUGAAGUCCUGAGGAAAAAAGGAUACGAUGGAGCAAAAUCGGACAUAUGGUCUUGCGGGGUUAUUCUCUUUGUACUUCUUGCAGGAUUUUUACCUUUCCAGGAUGAAAAUGUUAUGAAGAUGUACAGGAAAAUUUUCAAGGCUGAGUUUGAAUUUCCACCCUGGAUUUCCCCCGAUGCCAGGAAAUUGAUAUCCAGGAUCCUGGUGACUGAUCCUGAAAAGAGAAUUACAGUUUCAGAAAUUAUGCGGACUCCCUGGUUUCAGAAAGGGUUUUGUAAACCUGUGGCGUUUUCCAUUGAUGAGAAAUUUUCAAUGGAGAAUGGUUUUGUAAGUGGUGAAGAUGAUCCUGGAGAGAUUGAAUUAGUAAGAACAAAGAGUUCAUCACCCCCUUUCUAUAAUGCAUUCGAGUUCAUAUCAUCGAUGUCGACCGGGUUUGAUCUGUCAGGAUUGUUUGAGAAUAAGAGGAAAUCGGGUUCCAUGUUUACAUCUAGAUCUUCGGCUUCAACCAUCAUGGGGAAGCUUGAGACAUUGGCGAGGAAGUUGAAUUUUGGAGUCUGUGUGAACGAGUUCAAGGUGAAAAUGCUGGGAAAAGAGGAGGGUAGAAAGGGGAAAUUAGUGGUGACAGCGGAGGUUUUUGAGGUGGCGCCGGAGGUUGCAGUGGUCGAGUUCUCAAAGUCAUCCGGAGACACUCUUGAGUACAAGAAGUUCUGUGAGGAAGAUGUGAGGCCUGCUCUGAAAGACAUAGUUUGGACAUGGCAAGGUGAAGAUAAUUGUCAAUGUCACUAAUUAACCUUCAAAAACCAUAGCACAAAAGACCAAAAAAAAAAAUAUAUUCUUGUUGAUUUUGUUAGGGUUUGAAAUUUGUAAGUUUGCUUAUGACAUUUUGGUGUAGUGUUUGUAGAUAUUCAAGAUUUUGUUUACUAUAUUGUAAUGAAAUGAAUGUUUUGUAAAUUGUUUCAUAAAUUUUUUGUAUCAUUUUAUGAGUUUAUUAAUAAAUGUUGUCAAUUAAGUGUA